UUAACGAGAAACCCUAGCCACCACAGGCUUCCAUUCUCUCUCUUUGGUCGUCAUGGCCUGAAAAUAACAAAUUUUCAGGUGUACAACUUUGUAUUAGUGUUGACUAUCCAAAACAGGUAAGGGCAUUAAUUGGUAUUCUCUUACCAUUUCUCCAUUGAAGAACCACCGCAUAGGAGGUAAAAACCCUUUUCUCUCUCUUUUCUUUUUCUGCACAACAAGGAUGACCAUUCUUAAUGAGUUUUGUCUUGUUGUUCAUCUAAAAGUCUCAAUUUCUAUUGGCUACCAACAAAUUAAGAGGAUUCAAAGAUAAAUCCCUUGAAAUAUCUUAGUCCCACAUCGAAAUUGAACCAACUUUGAGGGUUUAUAGGGUUCUAUAUAAAGAACCCCAUCAUUCACAUUUACUGAGACCGAAGUAUGUACACAAAUCUCAUUUUAGAGAAAAAAAUACUGGAAUUUCCUAGGGUUUAGCAUUUAUGCUGAAACCUUUAACUAUUUGAGUUUUUCAUAGUUUGAAAUUUUAAUUGUCUUUUUUGUUGUGGCUGACUGUGGGUUGGCAAGGAGCAAAGGAAGUCUCCAAUGCCAUUCUUGAUCAAGGCUACACCUGAAAAAGGAUUGGCGUACUAGUUGUAAUUAGCUCGAUUAUUGGAUUGCUUGGACGACUUGAGUGCUGAGUCUGUUACGUGUUCUAUUUCUAAUUCUCGAGAGUGUUUCCCGAGACGGUGUUAUUGGAGACUUAGGGUGAGCUUCUGCCAAAUCUGCAGCCUGAGUUUCCAUUCUUCGUAUACUUGUCAUCUAUUUCCACACAGUAUUCCUUUUAAUGUUAUGAGCCUUGUAUGGAAACAUUCAGAUCGUUCUUGUUAUAUAUUCAGACCUAUGUGUUUAUUAGUAGCUUUGUGCUGACUUAGACCAGAUGCCUUGGGUAGAAGAUGUAUUCCGCACUUUUUCUCUUUUAAUUGAUCUUGAGAUUUAUUAUUAUUACAUUGUUCUUCUGCAUUGAUCGAUUGCAUGUUGGGUAAGGGAAGGGUUCGCCUGCCAAGGCGGGAAAUGGUAGGUGCUCGCACAACUAAACGAUUUUGGUUCGUGACAUGUUCUGAAUUUACAACAUAUUUUAAUUAAUUAGUUAUUUUUAUUGUAUACUAUAAUUUACAAAGCUGAAAAUUGUCUGUAAUAAUGAAGAAGAUUAUCGAUCCUUCAAUCUCUCCUUACCACAAAUUCGUUUUACAUAGGUUUCAAAGUUAAAUAUUAAAUCCAAUAUCAUGAACUAGUAACUAUCUAUAAUGGAAGACGGACACUUGGACGGUUUGAGAGGCUAAAGUUCCUGAAAACUUGCUUUAUAAUAACACAAACUUUAGAAUUGGGACAUUUUACAUGGUGCAAUUAACUAGCAAUUUGUGAGGAAAACACAUGGUCUAUUUAAUGUAUAUACAUCCAAUUUAAGGCAAUCACACCAAGUUUGAAGUGGAAUUUAAAGGGUCCAUUGUAUCUCAUUGUUUUUCCAAGAACCUUUCGUUUCGAAGCAUAAUAUGAGAUGAAGUCUCCCAAUUGGCGUCAACACUAAAUAAUUUCACCCACAAGAACAUGUUGAAAUUAGCAUUCAUAGGUUUAACCUGUACAAUGCUAAUUAUUUUCAUUUUAUUUCGAAUGUCAAAUAAUCCCAUCCUCUGUGAAGCUCCAGUACUAGUGGGCCCGGGGAUCCUCCCGGACCAGAACUCAACAACAGAGGAUGACACAAUAUCGCGGCAUCUCCAAGUGGAUGCCGUCCUCCACUAUGCCACGUCGCGUGUGAUACCACAACAAUCGAGGGACGAGAUCAAGGUAUCCUUUGACGUCCUGAAAUCUCUAACCCCUUGUAAUUUCCUCGUAUUCGGUCUCGGUCACGACUCGUUCAUGUGGUCGUCCAUAAAUCCACGUGGCAUGACGCUAUUCCUAGAGGAAGAUCCGAAAUGGAUCAGGGCCAUACUCAUGCACCUCCCAUUCCUCCGUGCCAACACCGUGAAUUAUCGGACAAAGUUGUACGAGGCAGAGAAAUUAAUCGAACACUACCAUAAGGAACCGGAUUGUUCCGCUAGGAAAUCGUUUUUACGAGGUAACAAAAAAUGUAAGUUAGCAUUGGACAUGUUAGCAGAUGAAGUGUACGAUAAAGAAUGGGACAUAAUUAUGAUAGAUGGUCCUAAAGGGUAUUUUGAUAAAGCACCAGGAAGAAUGUCAGCUAUUUAUUCUGCUGCUGUUAUGGCAAGGAAUAGGAAAGGAUCUGGGGUUACACAUGUGAUUUUGCAUGAUGUGGAUCGUGAUGUAGAGAAAGUUUAUGCAGAGUUAUUUUUGUGUAGGAAAAAUUUGGUGAAAGGUGUAGGAAGGCUUUGGCAUUUUCAGAUUCCACCAGCUUCUAAUGGGAGCAGCGAUUUUUGCUAGAGUAUUUUUUUCCUUUUUUUUUUUUUUUUUUGGCUGGGAAGAGUGCUUUAAUUUGCAUUUUAUUGAGUGUUGUAUAACUGAUUUUCCUUUUCAAAUUACCCCACUGUUUGUUUAA